CUUAUCGCCUUCUCGGCGAGCUCGCUCCCUCCUCGCCAAUGGCUUCCUUCUAUGGAAGCACUCAUCCCGCGUCAACAGUGAAGCUCUCUCGUGAAAAUCCCAAUCUCCUUCUCAUCCCCCGCUUCUCCAAGCCCCAUGAUCUCAUCUCCAUCUGGAGCACUUCCUCAUACUUUCCAAUCUCGCUUUGCAGAGCUCCAUCCCCUUUCUUCCGCCGUGGAGUUCUCAUCAGAGCUUUAUCUCUCCGUGAUAUAUGCCAUGGUUCCGUUCCGGAGCACAUUCUGAAGAGGGCGGAAGAGGUUGGGUAUACGAUGCCAACUGAUGUUCAGAGGGAAUCGUUGCCGGUUUUGCUGUCUGGUCAGGACUGUGUAAUUCACGCUCAGACAGGCUCAGGCAAAACGUUGGCAUACUUGUUUCUAAUAUUUUCAGCCAUUAACUUCCAAAGGUCUGCUGUACAAGCAAUUAUAGUUGUGCCAACCAGAGAACUUGGUAUGCAAGUCACAAAAGUUGCUAGAACGCUUGCUGCAAAAUCAAUGGGAUUGGAGGCUUCACAGAAGUCAUGCACUAUUAUGGCAUUGCUAGAUGGUGGAUUGUUGAAAAGGCACAAGAGCUGGUUAAAGGCUGAGCCUCCUCAAGUGGUGGUUGCAACUAUUGGGAGCUUAUGUCAAAUGCUUGAUAGGCAUGCUUUCAACCUUGAGGCUCUGCGGGUUUUGGUAAUUGAUGAGGUUGAUUUCAUGUUCAACUCAUCGAAGCAAGUGCAGUCUCUUCGCAAACUCUUGACAUCCCAUUCAUCCAUUGAGAACCGUCAGACUGUGUUUGCCAGUGCUUCCAUUCCCCAGCACAACAGGUUCUUACAUGAUUGCGUGCAGCAGAAGUGGACCAAGAGUAAUGUCAUGCAUAUCCAUGUGAAUCCAGUUGAGCCCAUGCCUUCACAUGUUCACCACAAGUUCAUGAUUUGUGGUAGGAGGCAACGUUUGGAUGCUUUACUAUUUUUGCUUCAGAAGGAUGCCCCAAAAUCUGGCAUAAUAUUUGUGGGUGAGCAGUCUGAAAAAUCUAAGAAGGCUGGAAAACCUCCUUCAACUACCCUUGUCAUCGACUUCUUGAAGGCAACCUAUAGUGGACACCUAGAGGUCCUUCUCCUAGAGGCGGACAUGAAUUUCAAUGCCCGUGCGAGCUCUCUGUCGGAUGUUAGGCAAGGUGGUUGCCUCUUGGUUGCAACAGAUAUAGCAAGCAGAGGUUUCGAUCUGCCACAAACAACACAUAUUUACAAUUUUGAUCUCCCAAAAACUGCAGUCGACUAUCUUCAUCGUGCUGGAAGAACGGGAAGACUGCCAUUCUCUAAGGAGGUAUGUAGUGUAACGAAUCUCAUUACAAAUGAUGAAAGGUUUGUGUUGCGAAAGUUCGAAAAUGAGCUUAUGUUUCAAUGUGAAGAGGUGUGUUUAGACUCUCUUGCACUGUGAAAUUCCACAGACGCUUGUUUGAAGUGUUUUUUUUUUCUCCUUUCUCAUCACUUGGAACUAUCA